AUGCUGGCCUUCGUCGACGCGGGGCCCGCGGACGCCCUGGCCGCCUACCCGCCGCCCGGGGCCUACCCCGCCGCGCCCCCGCCGGACCCCUACGGCGGCGCCUACGCCGGCGCGGCCCCGCCGCCCGCGGGCUACGGCGCCCCGCCGCCGGGCUACGGGCACCCCCCGCCCGGGUACUACGCGCCGCCGCCGCCUGGCGCGUACGGCGUGCCUCCUCCUGGCUACUACCCGCCGCCCGGGCCCUACGGGCCGCCCCCCGGGCCCUACGGGGGCCACCCGGGGGCCCCGCCGCCGGGUUACCCGCCGUACGGGCCGCCCCCGCCUGGCUAUCCUCGGCGGGCUGGCGCCGUCAAAGAGCGGCCUGCAGAUCUCGCUCCCGCUCCCGGAGCCGAUCUCCAAGGCGGGGGCGGCCUGGCGAGGCGAAGCACACGUGCCGGUUUUUCAUCGGCAUCGACAACGAGGAGGAGUUCCGCGUGGCGCGGCGCAUCAUCGGCACCAACGGGUCGAAAAUGA